GUAGAUAAUAUUUAAGAUAACAUGUUACAGAUAUUUAAAAUGGUUCUUGAGAGCACUAUUAUCUGUGUGGAUAAUUCCGAGUUCAUGAGGAAUGGAGAUUAUCUACCCACUAGGCUCCAGGCACAGCAGGAUGCUGUAAACCUAAUAGCUCACAGUAAGACCAGAUCUAACCCUGAAUCUAAUGUUGCUCUGAUGACAAUGUCUGAUCUAUCUGUUCUGGUAACUCUUACCAAUGAUACUGGAAAACUUCUCGCUAAACUCCACCAGGUAAGUCCUGAAGGACCGAUGAAGUUUAUCUCCGGAAUCAAGAUUGCACAUCUGUGUCUCAAACAUAGGCAGGGUAAGAACCACAAGACCAGGAUUGUCGCCUUCGUGGGUUCCCCCAUAGACGUAGACGAGAAGGAGUUGAUCAAGCUUGCCAAGAAACUUAAGAAGGAGAAGGUGAAUAUUGACAUCAUCAAUAUUGGCGAGGAGGAGGUGAAUACAGCUCUUCUCAACAAGUUUAUCGAAACAAUUAACGGAAAGGAGGGAACGUCCAGCCACCUGGUGACUGUCCCCCCCGGCCCUCAUCUAUCCGAUGCUCUCGUCAGCUCGCCGAUCGUCCAGGGUGAAGAUGGUAGCGGCAGUGUGGCCGCCGGUGGAUCUUAUGAGUUUGGAGUCGAUCCUAAUGACGAUCCUGAGCUUGCCUUAGCUCUCAGGGUUUCGAUGGAAGAGCAACGAGCUCGUCAACAGGCUGAGACUGGAACACCGGCUAAACCAGAGGAUGGAGAGGGUGGUGCCCCUGCUGUAGGUGGAGGAGAAGAGGAUACUAGUGAGGAAGCUAUGCUGCAGAGAGCGCUAGCUAUGUCAAUGGACGAGGGCGGAGCACCCGACCUCGCUGCUAUGACGGAAGAGGAGCAGAUUGCCUACGCAAUGCGUAUGUCGAUGGCUGAGGGGCAGGAGGAUGCCUCACAGGGAGGAGAGGGUAUGGAGGUAGAUGAUAAAGAGGAUUACAGUGAGGUUAUGAAUGAUCCUGCCUUCCUCCAGAGUGUUCUCCAGAACCUUCCUGGAGUAGAUCCUCAGAGCGAAGCGGUUAAAAACGCAAUGGGGGCAAUCAAGGAUGAGAAGAAGGAGAAGGAUAAGAAGGAUGAAAAAUAGAAAUAAUUCUUGUAACUCAAGAACAUGUCCUUUGUGUCUAUUUAUAAUUUUGUUUACUUUUAUCCCAGAAUCUAGAGUAAAAUAAUAAAACUUCGUGAAAUUAAA